AGCGCUCUCUAUCGGCAACACACAAAACACUCCCUAACGGUAUAUCCACACUGUAUUCUAUCUCCGCUUUCAUAACGGUCCCCUCGUGUGUCAGACAGAGAAACCGAACCGUGCUUGUGCAAGUUAAAUGCCAGUGGUGUAAAUCAAGCAAGUAGUGAAAAUAGUUGACGUUCAAUGUUUGUUGUGUUCGUUUUACGUCCACUUUCUGUCAAAAAUAACGCGAAAAGUCGCGCUUUCCCAGCCAGGAUAAUGUGCGUGCGUGUGUGUUGUGUUGUGCCGAACCUAGGAUAAAUUCCAUCGAACCGUCACCCAGAUUAGGCUCAAAGAUAAGACGGCGACAUGUUCAACUUUAUCAAAAAGGCUGGAACCGGCGUGACCUCGGAUAAAGACGAGAAGGAGAAACGGAAACGAGACAAAAAGGACCGGAAGGAAAAACAAAAAAGGGAACGUGCCAGUAUGUCAGCCGAGGAACUAUUAAGAUUGGACGAGGUCCGCCGCUCCCUGAAAAUCCGCGGCCGCCGCAAAGAAAAAGAGAAACUCCCUUCCGGCAUCACCGCCGACUACACGGCCGACUUCCUCGCUAGCCUCGAGCGCGUCGAAUCCCCCGCUUCCGCCCUCCCCGGCUCCCCAUCCCACAUCAAUCACCUCCAGGAAGGCUACACCCAAUCCGACAGCUCCGAAACCAGCCUCAACUCCCUCAACAACCCCCAGCCCACCAAAAUCCUCCCGCCCCUCCCCCCCAAACCCCCGAAGCGCGGCAUCCUCAAGACGCCCCGCGUCAGCGUCACCCACGACAACGGCCACGACAGCCUCGUCCGCAACACCAUCCAGAACGAGGUCAUCGCCUACCAGAACGUCCCCAAUGGCGGCGUCGACACCAAGAACCUCGGCUCCGAGCUGCUCGUCAUCACGUCGACCUCCCCCAGCGCCGACAGCCUCACCGACACGACGAACUCGUCGUUCGCGACGCCGCCCUUCUCGCUCAGUCCCGUCGGCGAGUCGCAGGGUUUCCACCGGUGGUCGCGCACGUCCAACUUCGACGACGUCGAUCUGCCGCCGCCGCCGAUCGCGCCGCUGGUGCUGCCCAAGCCGCGGACGCUGGUCAUCCAGAGGCAGAAGCCGCCGCGGCACGAUUUCGGGUUCUCGCUGCGGCGGGCGAUGGUGCUGGAGAGGGUGGUGGGCGGCGGCGGCGACGUGGGCACGCUGACGAUGAAGGCGGUGAUCUUCGCGGAGCCGGGGGCGAUGGUGCAGCACAACAACGAGACGGGGCUGCUGCCGGGGGACAAGCUGCUGGAAGUGAACGGGAUCCAAGUGGAGGACAAGACGAGGGAGGAGAUCAUCGAUAAGAUCAAGGCGUCGGGGGACAGCGUGACGCUGAAGGUACAACCAGUGGCGGAACUGAGCGAGCUGAGCAGACGAUCGGGCCAUGACGGCGGCGAGGUCGUUCUGGACGAUUCGAACAUCCGCGGUGGUACUUUGCGGCGAUCCGGAAGCCGUCGUUUCAACAAAUCGCCAACGGCCAAGUCUGAAGAGCACCUGGAGAAGGAAAAGCAAUGGUUGGACACGGAGAAGGUGUGGCUGAUGCACCGAGGCGGUUUCACCGCCGCCAUGAAAGACACCUCCGGGAGUGUCGACCCCGGGAAGCUGCGCAUCUGCCUCGAACAAACCAACGAAGUUUUGACCGUCGACGAAGACGACGUCGAAAAAGCCAAUCCCCCGCAGUUCGAUCGAGCGGAGGACUUGGCGACCUUGCGCCACCUCAACGAGUCGAGCGUCCUCCACACACUUCGACAGAGGUACGCCACCAACUUAAUCCACACGUACGCCGGCUGUGGCACCCUCCUGGUGGUCAACCCUAUGGCACCGCUGGCCAUUUACUCCGAAAAGGUGGUGGCCCUCUUCAAGGGUUGCAAGAGCGAAGACAUGCCCCCCCACAUCUACUCCAUGGCCCAAUCCUGCUACCACAGCAUGCUGUCCUCCCGCCGGGACCAAUCCCUAGUCUUCCUCGGCCGCUCCGGCUCGGGAAAAACCACGAAUUUCCGACACUGCGUCCAGUACCUGGUGACCGCCGCCGGUUGCGCCAACAAGAUCCUCACCGUGGAGAAGCUGACGUCGUUGUGGACGGUGUUGGAGAGCUUCGGCAAUUGCAGGACGGUGAUGAACACGAAUGCCACCAGAUUCACGCACAUCUUCAGCUUGGACUUCGACCAGAGCGGGGCGAUCGCCUCGGCGAGCAUCCAGAUCUUGCUGCUGGAGAAGGCGCGGAUUGCGAGGAAGGUCGAGGGGGAGACGACGUUUCAUGUUAUGCAGAGGCUGCUGAGCGGGGUCGAGGGUAGCUUGAGGAAGGAGCUGUUUUUGGACAACUUGUCGGGGAACGAGAGUAACGCCUUCGUGAACUUGUCCCAGAAGCACGAGGAUAAGCAGAGGGCGCAAGCCGACUUUGUGAAGGUGUGUGGGGCGUUCAGCGUGCUGGGAGUCGGCGAGAACGAGCAGAAGCUGAUUUUUGGAGUGUUGGCGGCGAUUUAUCAUCUGGGGAGCGCCGGAGCUGUGAAAGCGGGACCUUCAAACAACCGUUACCAAUUCGCCAACCCCCAGUCGGCCCAGCGCGCCGCCGCCCUCCUGGGCACCACCGUCGAGGAGCUUUCCCGCGUCAUCUUCGGCCUGUCCUCUGGCGGCAUGGUCACUCCCAACACCCCUCGCGCCCCUUUCCGCACCCCUUCACCCAUCGACAAGGGCCUGGAGCGCGAAGCCGUCGGCCUAGAAGCCGUGGAAGGCAUGGCUAUGGGCCUCUACGCCGAAGUGUUCAACUGCAUCGCCUCCCUCAUCAACAGAUCUAUAUCGGCGUCGUGCCACACCGUCUCCAGCAUCCUCCUCAUCGACACCCCUGGUUUCCAAAACCCGGCAACCUGCGGCCGCCAAGCCGGAGCCACCUUCGAGGACCUCUGCCACAACUACCUGCAAGAGCGCCUCCAGCUGCUCUACCACCACACCAACCUGGUGGCACCCAAGGACCGCUACCUCCAGGAAAACAUCGAGUUCGCCUACGACGAAAACGAGAACGAGAACUUGAUAAACCCCACGCCGCUGGUGAACCUGCUGGACAAGACGGCGCAGAACAGCGUGGUGAGGACGUCGCAGACGGAUCUGCACGAAGGGGAUAGGAGGGGGUUGUUGUGGUUGUUGGACGAGGAGGCAAUCUACCCCGGGUCGACGGACGACUCCUUCUUGGAGAGGUUGUUCACGCAUUACGGAGACAGGGAUCACCAGCUGCUGCUGAGGAAGGCGCCGGGGAAUAACCAGUUCAUUCUUCAGCACCUGCAGGGGACGAAUCCGGUGCUGUACACCGCCAAAGGGUGGCUGAAGCACAGCAGGGAGAAUCCGAUCGCCAGGGCGGCGGUUACGGUGUUGCAGGAGAGUUGCAAGGAGGAUUUGAGCAAGUUGUUCGUUAGUGUGAGAGGAUUGGGGGCGACGACGUUCAGCGGAUCGCUGGUGGGGAUCGAGGGGACGCAGUCGUUGAGGAGGGCGUCCAGUAUUAGGAGGACUUUUACGGCGGGGACGGCUGCCAUAAAACGCAAGAGUAUAUGCUUACAGACCAAAUUCACCGUAGACGGCCUAGUCGAGACGCUCCGUCGCACCCGCCUCCGCUUCGUCCACUGCCUCCUCCCCCAGCACAACGCCGGCUUCUGCGAGGCCUUGGCCGUGAAAACCAGCCUGGGCCAAUCCGAGGACGCCCUAAUGAACGUCCCACUCCUACGAUCCCAGAUACGCGGAGGCCAAAUCCUCGACGCCGUCCGCCUCCACAAGCAAGGCUUCCCGAACUUCCUUCCCCUCGGCGAAUUCAGGCGACGCUUCAGACUCCUAGCCGGCGACAGCAAAAUAUCCAGCCCGGUCCUGGACGAGCGGAAGGCCGUCGAGGACAUGCUGCUCGCCGUCGACUUGGAGCUGUCCAGCUACAGGGUCGGACUGAGCCAGAUAUUUUUCCGCAAUGGGGUCCUGUCCCAGCUGGAGUCCCAGCGGGACGAACGGCUCGCCGGGAUGGUGGUACACCUCCAAGCCCAUUGUCGGGGCUAUUUGGCACGACGCCGUCUCGCCCAGCGCAAACUGCAAGAUCUUGCGGUGCGCUGCAUCCAGAGGAACGUGAGGAAGUUCCUGAUGGUUCGGGAUUGGCCGUGGUGGCGGCUGCUGGUGAGGGUCACGCCGCUUUUGAAUGUACACAGGACCGAGGAAGAGCUCAGGAUGAAGACGGACGAACUCGAAGCGCUCAAAACGAAACUCGAAAAACUGGAGAGCGAGAGGACGACCCUGAAGCACGAAAACGACAAACUGGAAGCGAAGCUGAGCGAAAUGACGGCCGACUUGGCCGAAGAACACUCCACCUCGACUCUGGCCACCGAGCGUCUGGACGCCGAGACGUCGGAGCGGAUCCGCCUCGAGCGCGAACUGUCCGAAAUCCAGCACAAAAACAAGGAGCUCGCUCAGUCGUCGGAACGGCUCGAGAUGGAGCUCCUGUAUGCCAGAUCGGACCUGAACGGCAUCUCCGAGGAGGACGAAGACGCCGACGUCGACGGCGGAAUGUACAAGCAGCGCUACGAAAGAGCCGUCAGGGAGCUGGAGUUCACGAAGCGCCGGUUGCAGCAGCAGCACGAAGACGACUUGGAGCAGUUGGUGGGGUUGAAGAAACAGCUGGAGAAAAAGUUAACGGAUGCGUAUGAGGAAGUGGAGGAGCAAAGACAAGUCGUCGGACAGUGGAAACGCAAAGUGCAGAAACUGAACGGAGAAAUGAACGAUUUGAGACUGCUGCUGGAAGAACAGAGCGCCAGAAAUAACUUGCUGGAGAAGAAACAGAGGAAGUUUGAUUCGGAGACUCAGUCGCUGCAGGACGAGUUGAAGAAGGAAAAGCAGGCGAAGGAGAGACUGGCGAGGGAGAAGGAAUUAAUCGUGGCGGAGAAGUACGCCAUCGAGAGCACGUUAGCGGACACCCGUUUGGAGCUCGACUUGAAAGAGGAGAAGCUCAAUUCGUUGCAGCGCGAGCUGGACGAAAUCACCUGCGGCGGUAAAACCGAAGAGGAGGUGACACUUCUGCGCCGCCAGAAAAUCGACUGCGAACGCCGCCUCCAGGACCAAGAGGAAGAGCUCGAUGAGCUCGCCGGACAAGUGCAACUCCUCGAGCAAGCCAAGCUGCGCCUCGAGAUGUCCCUAGAGUCCAUGCGCAAGGAAUCGAAAAAAGAAGCCCAAAUGCGCGACGAAGAGCUCGAAGAAGUCCGCUGCAACGCCCAGAAAAAAGUCAAAGCUUUGGAGGCGCAGCUGGAGAACGAGCACGAAGAGCGCACUCUGCUUUUACGCGAGAAACACGAACUGGAGAGGCGGCUCGCCGCCGCCGCCGAGAUGGAGCGCAACGACCGCGCGGGCGACGAAGCGCUCUUGCAGAGGCUGAAACGAGACCUGAAGAGGACGAAGGUGCUGCUGAGGGACACGCAAACGCAGCUGGAGAGGCAGAAAGCGGACAAUCCCGGGAAGGCGAUGAUCCGGCAGCUGAGAAACCAGCUGGAGGACCUGGAGUGCGCCAGGGCGGUGGCCGUGAAGACCAAGCAGAGUCUGGAGACGGACCUGUCGGAGACACAAGGGGCGCUGGAAGAGGCGAAUAGGAUGAAGCACGACGCCGAGCAGAAGGUGACGGCGUUGAGUAGGGAGAAGAGCGACCUGCAGAACCAGUUGGAGGAGAACGAAGAGGAGUUGGCGGAAGUUCUGAAGAAGUACAAGGCGGCGGUGCAGCAGAUGUCGCUGGAUCAGAUCGCACUCCAGGAGCAGGUGUCGCUCGUGUCGGAGUUGGAAGUGGAGCGAAACCAGCUGAAGGAGCAGCUGGCGGAGUUGACCACCAAGUUGGAGUCUGUGGAGAGCAUGGGCGACGCGUCGUCGCACUUGUUGGUCAAAAGAACCGAAUUAAAAGUCAAAGAACUGGAAUCAAAACUGGAACUGGAACAAACGACGAAGAGCCGUCUCGAAGUACAAAUCACCCGUCUGAAGGAGGCAGUCGACAAACUCCAAACUGAACUGGCGACGGCGCGCGUGCGCGAACAGCAAAGCCAAGACCAGAUCAGAAAACUACAACGAAACCUCCGAGAAGUAAAAGAAGAGCUAAACAACAGUCUGACGAAAGAAUCAGAAGUGAUCCAAAAGAAAAAGGAACUAGAAAAGCGAUACGAAGCUCUCGAGACGGAAACCUCGACGACGCGAACCGACCUGAAGUUGGCGCUGAAACGUAUCGAAGAUCUACAAGCCGCGAUCCAAGGCGAACUGGAGAACACCACGUCGGACAUCUCCGACAGCGAACAAGAUACGUACAGUUCCGACGAGUCGGUGAGCACUUUCCUGGCAAACAAUCGGUCGUUGACGAACGACUUGAAGACGACGAGUCGAUCGAGUACGGCCAGUACUCUGGGGAAGGAGUCGUCGUAUGCCUGAGUGGCGGCGAACGUCUGUCGAACUCUGUCGAUGACGUUCUGCAGACAAGAGGAUGAUGUCGCUUCUGACUACGUUUAGCAUGUUGACGGUCGGAUUUUUAUUGUGAUAAGACUGAGAUGAUUUUGACAAGUUUUUACACUAUCGUAUGUACUUAGCAAGUAUAAUCAAAAUGUUGACGCAAUCAAAACUCCUUCGAAGGGGCCAGGUUCAUUUUAUCGGUUUUUUUUUUCUGUUCAUGAGUUGUAAUUAUUUGUGUAUAGGCGAUUUUUGGGCAACAAGUCGUUGAUUUAUUCUUUAUAGACGUGUACUUUGUAUAUACGCUUCACAUGUUUAUAGUAACCAGUCAAUGUAUUAUAGCAAUUGGAACGUAAUGUGUAAAUUUUAUAAAAGUAG